UCAGCAAGUGCAUUAGUUCUUCAGACUAAAAACAAAAAAAUAACUGACAGUUGACAGAUAACGAGUAAAAAAAGUCUUGUGUCUGUCCAUCCAUUGGGAUAUGAACAUGAGAGAGGUAGUUUGCAGAGAACACGUGACUCCCUUAUCACUAUUGAGUUUCUAAAAGUUCAAAAAGAAAAGAAAUUUAAAAACAAAAAAAUUCACACAACCUCUGCUAUAUAAACAUAAAGCCACAUAUUUUACACCCAUCAGAUUUCAUCAUCGAUUUAGAAGUCUCUAAUUCUUUGGUGAUCUUUUUGGCUAUAAAAUUAGAAAGGAAAAACUCUCUAAUCCUUCACCUCAUACAUACAUCAAGCGGCCAAAGUCUAAACACAGAAAGAAAAGUCAGUGGGUCAGAAAAGAUUCUUGGGUUGGGAGGAUCAUCAUAUUUGGAGUGAUCAUGUUUACCAUUUCAAAGGGAUUUGCUGUUAUAUCUGCAACUAAGAACCUCCAUCUACCGUACAUAAAAGAUAUAUUUGCAUCAGGGCGCACAAGAUUUUUGGAAUGGGUGGUUUCGGAAAAUCAGGAUAAAAUGGGUCACAACAACGUAAAAAGUUUGUUCUUAAAGAAUUGUAGUUCAACUUCAAUAAGGGAUCCGACAGUGACUCGUGCAACAGCGAAUAGAAAGCUGGGUCCCCACAAGAGAACUCCUUAUGAAGACAUUAAUGCGUUGAAAGCUAAAGCAAAUGCAAAAACUCGACAAGUAAUUGCUCACGAGCGGAUUAUGAAGAGAUUGAGUGUCGGUCUAUUCCGGAUGAGCAACAAUAUUUCUGAAGAUGAUAGAGAUCUACUAAGUUUUGCAUUUUGUUGCAAUCCAUUAGAUCCAAAAGCUUGGGGUGAACUACUCGUUGACACUGGUGUUGUAGCUAUAGAUCGUCACCAUUUUGGAAGCCUUGCCCCUGGGUCGCCUCUCUUUGAUGAUGUAAUCAAUGUAAUGACAGAAUAUUUAUAUGAUACUACCUCCACAAAAUGGUUCCUACCUACGUAUUUUUGGUCGGAAGGUGCCAAGUUCGUACGUCCCAGUAAUCGUAUGACGUCAUGUGCUAGGACACACAAGCUUUGUCGUCUCGUAAGAUUUAAUGGGCGACUGAAGGAUUGCAUGCAGUUGUUGUACCUAGACUCCGUUUUUCAUGAUGACAUAUUGUCGGUAUUUGGGACGGGGUGGACGUUCUCCUCCUUUUCUGUUGUGUCCCUAUUGGAUGCCAAUCUCAUCCAACCUAAUGCUGUGAAUUGUGGCAUUUUUUUCAUAAGACACAUGCAAUAUUAUCGUCAAUUGUGGUAUGACCAGUACAACUCUAAUGUACAACGAAUGCGACUUGCUAUUGAGUUGCUCCGAAAUGAAAAAAAUCAAUUGCGUGAUGCGAUAAUACGUGAAGCAUUGAAAGUGAUGAAAAAUGGAUAUGAUUUUAUGGCAAAGGGGAACAAGAUUGGUAAUGUUGAGGUUAAAGACAAGGAUGUGGCGGAUGUCACCGUUAAAAGAAAAAGGGUUUAUAUUCGGAAACAAAAAAAAUCAGCAGUGACUAUACCAGAAACACGUACAGGCCGCGUUUAGCCUAGACCUCGGCGCCGCUAACAAGGUUAGGUAAUGGGACUCUAAUGACUGACCAGUAUAUAUUUUUGUGAGCUUAGAUCUGAUGCUGUGAUGGUAUUGGUUUUGGUGCAUACCCUAUAUUUUUGGAAGGAGGGUCACCAUGGUAUAACAUGACAACUUGUUUGUUUUUUGUAAAGUGGUUUUCAAAGGCUUGUGACCAUGGUUAGGUAGGACACCUUUUUUGUACAUCUAGGUCGAAUGUCCUAUUUGGUGUCCUUUUUUCGGUUUCCAUAUUAUAGAUUAUGACUAGCACAGGGUGUGAAAAUGUAACAGAGGAUGUGAAAAUGCAAUUUGGUGAAGUUAAUAUGUUAACUUUGUUGGGUAAUCAUGUGUACGAACAAUUGAUGAAGUUAAUAUGUUAACUUUAUUUUGUGCUGCU